GGGGAAUGAAACAUGUCUCCGGAACUUGAAUUUGCGGCGUCGUUUAGCGUGCGCAUAUCUAUCAAUUAGCUUUAUUUGAAAAGAAUUCAUUAAUUAUUCAUACUCGUACUUGAAACAAAAAGCUUGUGUCGAUUGAAACCGACUUUUCUCGACCUCUACUCCCACGUAGUUGGUAGUGCUGAUAGAAAUUGUCAAAGUAUAUGUUGUCUAUGUCAAAGUCUGGUAACCGUCAAAACUGGAGCGCCAUGUUUUCGUUGUCGGAGUUUUAUUUUCGCAAAAUAUUUGAAAACAUCGAAAGUAACUGCACCAAAAACUGAAAUCUCCAUGAUUUGAAAGUAGACUCGUAACGAAUUUGUUGUAAAUAUUCUUUCAUAUUCACCUCUUAGAAAUUAAGGUUAAGUGCUAAUUAAGAGUUAAUUUAAAACUCACCAGACUGAACAUAAACACAUUAAGAAGUAUGUGUGAUUAAGUUCUGCAUUGAACAUUACUUCAGGUUGCGUAUUCGAAAUAUGUGAAAAAGUUGAAAGCGUAAUCAAGAGAAAAAAUGGCUGGUUCAUUUGAUCCAGAAGAUAAAUCAAGUUGGUAUUUUGGCCACAUGUCUCGCCAAGAAGCUAAUGAUUUGCUUGAGGCUGAAAGAGAAGGUGGAGUCUUUUUGGUUCGUGAUAGUUCUACAUGCAUUGGAGACUUUGUACUGUGUGUCAAGGAAGAUAGUCGUGUUAGCCAUUACAUCAUAAAUAAACUGCAACAUGAUGAUAGAAUUACUUAUAGAAUUGGAGAUCAAGACUUUCCUAAUUUGCCUGAGUUACUUGCUUUUUACAAAUUGCAUUACUUAGAUACCACACCAUUGAUUAGAACUGCUUCGAGAAGAGUUGAGAAAGUUAUAGCUAAAUAUGAUUUUAUUGGUCAGGAUCCUGAUGAUCUUAAUUUUAAGAAGGGAGAUAUAUUAACUAUUGUGUCUAAGGAUGAGGACCAAUGGUGGACUGCAAUAAACAGCAGAGGUCUUAAAGGAUCCAUUCCUGUACCUUAUGUUGAAAAAUAUGUGGAGACGCAGCCGUCUAAUGAUAUGGCAAGGCCUAAUUCUGGGGAGACUUCUACACAACUGCAGGCUGAGGCUGCAAUGAAGAAAAAUCAGAUUCAGAGGCAAUUGCCAGCUAAGGCGAGAGUGAAACAAGGAAGAGUACCCAAUGCCUAUGAUCAAACUCAAUUGAAGCUAGAAGUUGGGGACAUAAUAACUGUUACCCAUACAAAUAUAAAUGGCCAAUGGCAAGGAGAACUUAACGGCAAAACUGGAUUUUUCCCGUUUACUCAUGUUGAAUUUUUAGAUAGCGAUAAUGAAAGUUAAUAAAUUUAACUUUUGGUUCGCUGAAAGUGUAUAGGUGCUCUAUGUAUAUUUAUUACUAACUAAUAAUAGUUAACUGAUUCUAUUUAAUGUAAUAACUAUGGGCUUAUUUUAUUAUGUAUGAUCAAUUACAAAUUUUGUGCUGAAAGUUGUAUUUUCCAUUAUUAUACAUAUCAAUAUUUAGUUAA